AUGUGUGUUGCGUGUGUGAGAAGGAGAAAGAGCUUUCGAGUCUUCGGUGCCUCGCGGCUCGCGUCAAGACAGACCGCCGAGAGCUUUAGUUAUUUGCCAACGAUCAGCCAGAGUGAAUGUAACCCUCCACCGAAGAUAUUUAGUCUUCGGCACUUUUGUCUUUUCUCUCGAUCUCUGAGCUGCGUCUUCGUCGUCGUCGUCUUCCUUCUUCUUCGUCGUCAUUCAUUUUCCUCGUAUUUUCGGAGAUUAUUCGCAGCCGAGUGUGUACGUGAUAUAAUCGAGGCGAAAGCUCCGCGGCAGAUAGCUGCCGCUGCUCCAGCACGUGCCCGAUUUAUGCUGCAACAAGUGCGUGCUUGUGACAGGAAAAAAUAACUUCUUUAAAAAGUGCAGUUGGUUGUUCUUUUUUUUCCUGAUAAUUGUGUGCUACGACAAAGAGUGACAAAAUGAACCAGUUGUCUCGGAGUGGCCGCAGUGCCGCCUUCUGACGAAACGCAACGAAGCGGUUAUUUCUCGUUAGCGAAUGCCAACGAUAUGUUUGGAUUCGCACCUGCUGCUGUUGCUACCGAUACCGACGUAACAAUUCUGGAAGAGGAAUAUCAUGUCAUUGUUAUAGACCAAGUUGAACAUUUUUUACCCUUAGUUGGAGAAGCGACGAGCUGUAGUCCAGCAGCGACGAUCAUGCGGAUCAACGCACGCCCAACGAUCGUACCCGAGGCCAAUAAUAACAAUAAUAAUUGACUGCGAGGAGAAGAAGAAGCAAAAAAAGGAUCGAUCGAUCGUAUAAGAUAAGAUGACGGUGUCGUAUCAGUACGAGGUCGCGAGCUCGACGAGCGGCGGCUUCACGCGGCUGCUGUUCAAGUGGCGCGGCUCCCUCUACAAGCUCAUCUAUCGCGAGGUCGCCCUCUUCGUCAUCAUCUUCGACCUGAUCUCGGCCAUCUACAGGCAGGUGAUGACGCCCGGCCAGAGGCGCAACUUCGAGCACGUCGUCGUCUACUGCGACACCUUCAUCAAUCUCAUACCGCUGAGCUUCGUACUCGGCUUCUACGUGGCCUACGUCGCCGGCAGAUGGUGGCAGCAGUACAACGCACUGCCCUGGCCCGACAAGUCCAUGCACGUGAUCGCGCUGUACGUCGAGGGCACGGACGAUUACGCGCGAAUGACGAGGAGGUCGCUCAUGAGGUAUCUCAAUCUGUCGCUCAUACUCGUUUUGAGAUCCAUCAGCUCGGCCGUCAAGAGGCGCUUCCCGACCCUCGACCACGUCGUUAGUGCUGGUUUCAUGACGCACACCGAGCUGCAGCUGUUCCAGUCAGUUCCGAAUUCCGAAUUCAAUACCUACUGGAUCCCCUGCACCUGGUACAUACACCUGCUCAAGGAGGCUCGAGCCCACAAUCGCAUCCCCGACUCGCAGGGACUGAAGAUGAUCGUCGAGGAGUUCAAUGACUUCCGGGCCAAGUGCGGCCUGCUCUGGAGCUUCGACUGGGUCUCGAUACCUCUGGUCUAUACGCAGGUCGUCACCCUCGCGACCUACAGCUUCUUCGCGGUGGCCCUGAUCGGCCGCCAGUACAUCGACUCCCAAGUCGUGAUGAAGCCCUUCCAGAUCAAGAUCGACGUCUACUUUCCCUGCUUCACCAUUCUGCAGUUCUUCUUUUUCAUGGGACUGCUCAAGGUGGCCGAGCAGCUCAUCAAUCCGUUCGGCGACGACGACGAGGAUUUCGAGCUCAAUUGGCUGAUCGAUCGUCACAUCAAGGUAUCCUAUUUGGGUGUCGAUACGUUGAUGGAUCGCUGCCCUUCAUUGGUCAAGGAUAUGUUCUUCAAUGAGCCAAAUAUACAGUUACCCUACACCGAGGCCGCGGCAGGCUAUAAACGCCAAACCUAUCGCGGUAGUGUAGCCAACAUGACUGUACCCGAAGAAAAACAGACGAUGUUUUUGCCUAAUAUUAUAGAAGAGGAGGAGAGCUUGAGUUCGGCUACUCCGCGCACCUCUAGUGCCAAUUUAGCCGCCCAGAACGACAGCCCGACGACCGAGGGACGCCAGGGUGGCGGCGACUCCCCUGAAGUUCAUCGCGAAUCGCUCGGUAGCAUUGGCGAAACGAGCCUAUCACUGGACAUGGAGAUGCUCGAGGCCGCUGCAGCUGUGGUUGCAGCAGCUGCGGCUCAGGAUCAACAAGCGGCUGCAGCACCGGGCCCGAGAUUGGCCAACGGAGCAGGAGGAGGAGGAGGAGGAGGUGGUCGCACAAACGGUGGCGGCGGCGGGAGUCUACUCUCCGAAGCCGUGAGGAUCUUCAAGAGAUCGGUAACGCCGAAGCCGCAGCAGCAUCAGCAAGGCAGGCCGUUUUACGCGGCGGCCCAGUCGACCGCGGAAACACUGCAGCCCUGGCCGAGCGCCACGAAUCUGCAGCAGCAGCAGAGCUCCUCCGACCAGCAGCAAGCCUCCCCCCAGCCGAACUUCCAGCGACCGAUCACUCUUCGGUACUGCGGCGAGGCCAAUAAGCUGCAGCACGCGAGAUCGUUCAACGUGCCGAGGAUCAGCGUGAGACAGGCGUCGAUCGAUCGCAGCUGCAGCAGCAUACUCGGAGGAGAUCGAGCCGGAAACGGCAACGUGUGCAUCGAUAUCGAGGCUCUCGAGUCGGCGAACGCAGCGAGACAGAGUCCGAAAGUAAAUUUCAACAAGCCUCGAAGCCACUCGGUCUGCCACGGUACUCUGUUCCAACGUCAGCACAGCAUCCCCGAGGAAUCCGCAUCUUCCAUCGACUUUUCCAUGUCGAACCCCAGCGCGAGCAGCUGCAAUCUCUUCGUCGAGCCGAUCGGCGAGUCGUCGGCUGCCUCGAUCUCGUCGACGUCCACAGCCGCCGGUCGACGAACGAAUCUCAUGCGACGACCCCACGUCAGUCGCUUUCUAGACUAUCCCAAGUACCUACUGAGCAAAAACCAUCGCAAGAGUCGCAAAACGGUGCCGGCGCUUCCCCCCCUGGCGACCAUUUCCAAAUCCGUCGAGGCGGACUUCGACGACGACGACGACGACGAUCAUCGAUGCGGUGGAAUCACGAAUCUCGCCAUGUCCAAGAGUUCGCCGGAAAUGAGGAUCGACCUCGUGACGAGCAGCAGCGGCGCUGGCGCGAGCGGCUCUCGUAAACGUAGCUCCAGCAGGGCGACUUUUUACCCUGGAAUUCCGAGCGACAGCGACAGCGACGACGACCACCACCACGAUAACGAUCGAGACAAGACGCACAAAAGAUCUUGAUUGUUUCUGGGUAGGGACGUAACCGUUUCGACGCGACGAUUAUAAUUAUUAUUAUUAUAUACCCUUUGUACAAAAUAUAUUGAUAUAGCCUUAAUCAUGGAUAAGCAAAUGAAUAUUUUUAGAUAUGUUUUUCCAAUGAAUAUAUAUAAUGUAUACGUACUGAUGACGAUAAUUUUGAGUAAGAAGAAGAAAAAAAACUAUUACAAUGUUACCUUUUUAUUUGAAUAAGAACUGAUUGUUAUGUGAACAUUUGUUAAUGUCAAUAAGCUGUUAAAAAUGUGA